UCCCUGUGUAACAUAUAGCACACGGAGAUAGAGAAGCAAAGUAGAUCUCGAGCUUUUUAGUUUUGUGAAUUUUCUUUGCGGAAAUCAAAAGAAAAAUGGAAAUUUGAGAAGAAAAAGGAAGUAGAAAUCAGAAAGGAGCUUUCCCUUACAGUUUUCUUUUUUUUUUUUUCUCUGCGGAUUGGUUGCAUAUGUACAUAUAUAAUCUUUAUAAUCUCUAUCUUCAGUGUCUACUUUGUCUCUUUGCUUUACAGCAUUUGAUCCCAUGCUUGUAUCUUUGUAACCGAUCAUACCCUUUUGUCCUCUGUGCCAGCCAUAUGAUCAGAUCGACAUUAAACAAGGAUUCUUUUUCUCUUUAUCCUGUUGUUGAUUAAUGUGGACAAGAGAAAGAAAGCCGUAAAGAGGUAUAUUAGAGGUGAAAAGGAUAGGGGAAAAAGGAAGACAGAAGGUUCAUGCUUGUUCUAGGAUUCUGGGUUUUUUGAGAAAUGGGUACUGGUUGGAGAAGGGCAUUUUGCACGACGAUUCCUCGAGAACGAGAAACAACGAUGGGGGAAAAGCAACAACGCAGUCCUUGUACGAGUCCAAGCCCAAGGAGCUGUGCGAAGCUUGGUUUUCUCUCCGGUGGAAGCAAUCCUUCCACUCCACGAUUGCAGUGUCAACCGGCGUCGAGCCCGAGCCUACGCUGCCGUACUGCUAGUUCCGGCGAAGCACUGGCCACAAAUGACCUCCCCAGAAACCAAUGCAAAACCACCCCCAAGGCAUCCAAGAGCCCCAGACCAGUACUGGGUUCAAACCCGUCCUCACCUCGAUCCCCUCUCAAGCUCUCUCUUUUUAAGAACAGCUUCAAGUUCAGGAGUAGCUGCGGGAUAUGCUUGAAUAGCGUGAAGACAGGUCAGGGCACGGCCAUUUACACAGCUGAAUGCUCGCAUGCCUUUCACUUUCCGUGCAUAGCAGAUCAUGUCCGGAAGCAUGGCACCCUGGUCUGUCCCGUCUGUAAUACUACCUGGAAAGACGUCCCUCUCCUUGCCGCCCACAAAAAUCUUGCCACCCAAGAUUCCCAACCCUGUCAAGACGACUCUGGUUUAGUCCACAACAAUCCAAUUAAUUCAAAAGUUGAAGACAAGAGAGUUAUUGAAUCUUCGCCUAGAGCAGCCAACAGGCGAGAUUCUAAACAGCCACCUAUGCCUAGCCCAUCCGAUUUGAGAAUCUACGACGAUGACGAGCCGUUGCUAUCACCGACUGCUGGUGCUCGCUUUGUCCCCAUUCCUGAAGCGGACGAGAAUGGCGACGAGGAGGAUGAAAACGACGACGUAGAGGAGUUCCAAGGAUUCUUUGUCACUCCUAAUAAUUCGUCAUCUACCAAAUCUGAUGAGCUCCCCCUCAAUGGUCGAUGUUCACGAAACGUUCAGGUCAGACUCAUGCCGGAAUCCGCUGUUAUAUCGGUUGGCCGUGGCUACGAAACUUAUGCUGUCGCAUUGAGGGUGAAGGCGCCGCCACCGCCGCCACCAACAACGGGAAGAGGCAGCAAUACGACGCCGGUUUUUGACCCUUCACUUCGGGCGCCAAUUGAUUUGGUGACUGUACUCGACGUGAGUGGGAGUAUGACCGGAGCCAAGCUUCAGAUGCUGAAACGUGCCAUGCGGUUGGUUAUUUCGGCGCUCGGCUCGUCUGAUCGGCUCUCCAUUGUGGCUUUCUCGGCUACGGCUAAGAGAUUGUUGCCUCUCAGGAGAAUGACAGCUCAGGGCCAGCGCGCGGCUAAGCGCAUUGUCGACCGGCUCGUUUGCGGUCAAGGGACCAGCGUUGGUGAUGCUUUGAAGAAGGCCGCUAAGGUGCUCGAAGAUCGGAGGGAGAGAAAUCCCGUCGCCAGUAUAAUGCUUUUAUCUGACGGUCAGGAUGAAAGGGUCCAGGCUAAUGCGGGUAAUCAACGGCACAGUUCAAGCCACGCGUCCUCCACUCGAUUUGCUCACAUAGAGAUCCCAGUACAUUCUUUCGGUUUUGGAAGAAGCGGGGGCUACAGCCACGAGCCGGCUGAGGACGCGUUUGCCAAAUGCGUAGGUGGAUUACUGAGCGUAGUCGUACAAGAUUUGAGAAUUCAGCUCAGCUUUUCGUCGGCUUCCUCUCAAGCCCAGAUAUCAGCCGUCUAUUCAUGCAACGGACGGCCAACGGCGUUCAACUCGGGAUCCGUUCGUCUCGGCGAUCUAUACGCCGAGGAAGAGAGGGAGCUGCUGGUUGAGCUACGGGUCCCAGAAUUAGCGGUUGGGUCCCACCACGUGAUGUCCGUUCGAUGCCUCUACAAGGACCCCGCUACACAGGAGGUGAUAUAUGGCAGAGAUCAGCCUUUGUUGGUUCCCCGGCCCCACACCGUACGAUCAUCAUUGCCCAAGAUCGAACGGCUCAGGAAUCUUUUCUUCACGACUCGAGCAAUAGCUGAGUCGCGGAGAUUGUCAGAACACGGCGAUUUCACCAGCGCGCACCACUUAAUGGCGUCGGCUCGAGCCUUGCUAGUGCAAUCGGGGUCAGCCGCAGCUGAGGAGUACGUGAGGGCGCUGGAGGCCGAGUUGGCGGAACUUCACUGGAAGAGGCAACAACUGAUAGAGCAGCAUCAGCGAAUGGUGGUGAUGCAACGGAGGAGAGGGAGCGAGAGGGAGAAGGAGGUGAUGGUGUUGAUGGACGAGAAUGGUGAGCCGCUUACGCCGACAUCGGCUUGGAGAGCGGCGGAGAAGCUGGCUAAGGUAGCCAUGAUGAAGAAGUCGUUGAACAAAGUCAGCGAUCUGCACGGCUUCGAAAAUGCAAGAUUUUGAUUGGAUAUUAUUAUUCAACCUAGGAAAGAAAAAUAGAGAUGGGGCUUAAAAGUGAAUGAAAAAAAUAUGGGGACAAGCUGGGGAGCAGACGGCGCGGGCCUUUUUGCGGAAAAUGACGAAAGAAAUGGCCCACAGAAGAAUUGAUUGAGUUAUGGUGCCUUUUUUUUUUUUUGUUUUUGUUUUUGUUUUCGUCUGAUUAUGAUUCGGAAGCUCAAUAUAUUUUAGAGAUUAUAUUUGCAGGGA